UUAGUAAAGUUUCCUAUCAAGACAAACUUGCAACAUAAUUUUGAACAUAAAAAUGGAUUCUUAUUCAUAUGCAGCUAUUUCUUCUUCUUCUUCUUCUAAUUCUUCUUCCUCUAGUUCUAUUCCAGGUUCCACAUAUUCACAAGAAGUAAAGAAAAACAAACCAUUACCUUCAUAUCAUUCCUCACUUCAUCGAGUUCGUAAGCUCCCAUUAAAACCAAUGACGAAACAACCAAUCGCGCCAUUGCCACCAACACCUCCUAAAAUCUACAGAGUCGAACCGGUUAAUUUCAUGGAAGUUGUCCAAAUGCUGACUGCAGCGCCUGAGUUUCAAUCCAGCUCAAGUAAUUCUAGCUCUGGCUCCGGCUCUAGUUCUAGUAAUUCCAGUUCGAGACGUUUACAAGAUGUGGCUCCUCCUCCACUUGAUCUCUCACCAGUUUCAUUGCCAAGAAACAGCAUCGCUGCAGAAUGGCGAGAGUUCCUUCGUCCUUCUUCCUCCUCAAACAACCAAGUUGAAUCAAUUAGUGCGGCUUGUAAUGACUCAACAAAUGAAGCGCAAGAAAGAUCACAUAUAGCGCCCCGAAAUCUAUCAGACAAUAUUUUCGGAUCAUGUAGCCCGCUGGCUAAUUUCCCUCUAUCGCCCGCUUCUUUUGCAUGGUGCUCUUCUAUUCUUCUUAGCCCUAGCACGCUUGCUUCACCAAGCACCGUUCUCUAGCUCGUUUGCCAUUGCCUCAAGUCAUUUCAAAGUUGUAACCGUUAUUCCUUAGGGUCAUUUGGUAUGCGGACUAAAUUUUUCCAGGAUUAUAUCCCUAGAUAUAUUAAAUAAUCCCAUCUGGGAGGUGGAACUAAAUAAUACCACGUUUGAUAGUAUAAGAUGGGAUAUCCAGGAAUAAGUUUGGGACAAAGUUUAUACUAUGUUUGGUUGACGGUAUAAAUUUAUACUGUCAAUCAAACACAGAAUAAAUUUAGUACCACACUUUAUCCCGCGUACCAACGUCCCUUAUUGUUUAUCACUACUGCAUUUACUUUUGGGCCAGCGGAUCAAGAAUUUGAAUUGGAACUAAAAGAGAUCACAAUUCAAAUACUUGAAGCUACUUUCUUUUCUCUUCAUUAAUUUUCACAUUUGCUUGCAAUUCCAAAAUAUCAGAUCGAUGUAUUGUAUUUCCAAAUUUUCAUUCCAAAGGCAUGGUUUGUGUGUCUCUUUGUUAUUGUCCAAAGUGCGAUGUAA